AUGCACCGCACCUAUUCUAUGCGCCAAACGAGGGCGCCCACCGCCUCUCAACUUCAGAACCCACCCCCACCGCCAUCGACCACCAAGUCUGGCCGCCUCUUCCGCGGUGGCUUCGGACAUGCCCUCCGCCACAAGUCCGCCGGUGCCUUCGGGCCAGAUCUUGCGAAGAAGCUCUCUCAGUUGGUAAAGAUGGAGAAGAAUGUGAUGCGCAGCCUCGAGCAGGUCGCUAGGGAGCGUAUGGAAGUUGCUCAACAACUGUCAAUUUGGGGAGAGGCUUGCGACGAAGACGUAUCGGAUGUCACUGACAAGCUGGGCGUCCUUCUCUACGAAAUCGGCGAGCUUGAGGACCAGUAUGUUGACCGGUACGACCAAUACCGCGUGACGAUCAAGAGUAUUCGCAACAUUGAGGCUUCGGUUCAACCAAGCCGGGACCGCAAACAGAAAAUCACCGACCAGAUUGCCCAGCUGAAGUACAAGGAACCCAACUCACCCAAGAUCGUUGUCCUUGAACAGGAACUUGUAAGGGCCGAGGCCGAGUCGCUAGUCGCUGAGGCUCAGCUGUCAAACAUCACCCGCGAAAAGAUCAAGGCUGCCUACACCUAUCAAUUUGAUGCCCUGAGAGAGCAUUGCGAAAAGGUAGCAAUCAUUGCCGGCUAUGGAAAGCACCUGCUUGAGCUUAUUGACGACACUCCUGUUACUCCUGGCGAGACCCGCGCUGCCUAUGACGGAUACGAAGCUAGUAAGGCUAUCAUUCAAGAUUGCGAGGAUGCCCUUACCAACUGGGUCACCUCUAACGCUGCGGUUUCCUCGAAACUCUCAACCCGCGCCCGCACUUUGUCUACCCGUCGCAGGAACAAUAUCAAGGCACGUGCUGAGGGCGGGCACGAUCUGUCUGGCCAGGAUGCCCCUUUGAAUGACGAUUCCUCAUGGAUGCCAGCCCACAACAAAGAGACAGACUAUGAUGAUGAGGAAGAUGACGAUGAUGAGGAUGACAUCCGCCACUCCGUCGCGGGAACAGAUGACGGCUUGAACGGUGAAACCCGAGGACGUCAGCAUGAAGCCGUCGUUGCCUAA